UUCUAACUGUCAAGCGAAUGAAACUGCUAUGAACGUACCUCCUUUACAUGCUGUUUCGGGAUUUGUUGUGGAAAGUGCAAUUGUUUAGAUUCCGUUUGCUCGUAGGUUUAUGGAUUAAACGAUGGAUGCCCUGAAUACGUACUACAGCAAAGAAGAGUACGUGGAAACUGCGUCCGGCAACAAGGUUAGUCGCCAGACGGUACUGUGCGGGUCGCAGAACAUCGUCCUACAUGGCAAGGUAAUCGUGCAAAGUGGAGCGAUCAUUCGUGGAGAUUUGGCUGCUGUACGUACCGGAAGAUAUUGUGUCAUUUCGAAAGGAUCCGUCGUGCGACCACCGUACAAACAGUUCAGCAAGGGUGUGGCCUUUUUCCCACUACAAAUCGGAGAUCAUGUGUUUAUUGGGGAGGGUGCCGUUGUGUCUGCGGCAUCGAUCGGAUCAUACGUUUACAUUGGCAAGAACGCUGUGAUAGGUCGUCGAUGCAUGCUGAAGGAUAACUGUAUUGUUGAGGAUGGAGCUGUUGUUCCGCCGGAAACGACAAUUGCCAGCUACAUGCGCUACACCGCCGAUGGAAGAAUUGAAGGUGGUCAAGGUAAUCCGGAUUUCGUGCCUCACGCCAUGUUGGACUUGAUGAUUGAGUUCACCAAAUCGUACUACGAUCAUUUCGUACCGGCUCCCAACUGACGGCAACGUGAACUCUCGGGUCCUCCACCGAGAGUUUCUCGUAUGCAAUGAAAGAAUGUUUUCUCCGCAACAUUUCCACGGCAAUCUGCAAACAUCAUUCAUUAAUAACUAAUCGUAACCUACAAACACAUAUUUAUUCGAAGCGAUAACAAAUAAAUCGUAUACAUUGUUAGGCGAAAAA